UAAACCACGUGACAGACGCCAUUCGAAGAAAUAUUUCCCGUUUGCUAAUAUCUGCAACAAAACAGAAAGAAAUCUGCAAGAUGUAUGAAAACGACAACGACGGAUCCCAAUCGCCAAAUGAUAAUAUGCAACAAGAACAAGACCAAGAACAAGAACAGAGAUCAGUGUCGAGAUCAAGAUCAAGGUCACCCGUAAGAAGAUCCAGAAGUAAUGGAAGUAGGUCAAAUUCUAGAUCACCUAGGCGGGACGAAAGACAUCGUGACAGAGCCAGAAGAAUUAAUUUGAUCUCAAAAAGAAUUAUUAUCAGUAACAUUCCAUAUGAAAUGAAGUGGCAAGAUAUCAAAGACAUAUUUAGGAAAGAAGUUGGAGAUGUUACUUACGUGGAAUUAUUUGAAAACGGUCAAGGGAAAUCUAAAGGCCAAGGAGUCAUUGAAUUUAAAGAUAAAGACACAGCUAGAAAAGCAAUAGAAAACAUGCACAGAUAUAAAAUUAAAGACAGGAAUAUUGUAGUUAGAGAGGAGAGAGAAAGUGACCGUAACAUUAUAGGAGGACGUGGCGUAAUGGGAAGUGGCCCUUCAGGAGGCAUGGGAGGAAUGAUGGGAAGUAUGGGUGGAGGAGGAGGAGGAGGUAUUUCACCUCAAGUAUUAUCUCAGCUGGGGAUUGAUGGACCAGUAACUAAUCAAGUGUUUGUGUCAAAUCUGGAUUAUAAAAUAACUUGGAAAAAGUUAAAGGAUGUGUUCAGACUUGCUGGAAAUGUAACAAGAGCUGAAAUAAAAGAAGACAAAGAUGGAAAAAGUAGAGGGAUGGGAACAGUAACUUUUGAAACUCAGUUUGAGGCAGUUCAGGCUGUUUCCAUGUUUAAUGGACAAAGUCUUUAUGACAGAUCAAUGAGAGUAAAGAUGGAUGCAAUGGGAGCUGCAGAUAAAUCUUCAUCCAUGCCACUCCCAAGUGGCCUGAAGUCAAUCGGUGCUGGUUUAGGACCUGGUGGUACGCCCUUACAGAAUGCUAAUACAAAUAUGGGAUUUUCAGGAAGUGGCGGAAUGGGGAUGGGAGGUGGAAUGGGUGGGGGCAUGGGUAAUAUGGGCAGCAGCAGUAUGGGUGGAGGUAUGGGAAUGGGAAUGGACAGUGGAAUGGGUAUGGGCAACAUGGGCAUGUCUAAUAUGGGCAGCGGUAUGGGAGGUGGCAGCAGCAUGGGCAUGGGUAACAUGGGAUCUGGCAACUAUGGCAGCAGUGGAAUGGGAAUGAGUAUGGGCAGCUCUGGUAUGGGAAUGGGCAACAUGUCCAGUGGAAUGUCUGAUUACGGCAGUAUGGGUGGCAACUCUAACUAUAACUCAUCAGGAUAUGGUAGUAGCAUGUCUGGUGGAAUGGGUGAUGGUAUGAGAGGAAUGGGAUCUGGCAUGAAUAGUGGCAGUUCUAUGAGUGCUUACAGCACAGGAAUCACUGACUUGGGUGGAUCAAUGGGAGGUUCCUCAGGAUAUGGUGGUGGAUCCGGUCGUAGUGGAACACAAUCCUACUCCACAAGUAGUGGCAGGAGCGGUGACAGAGAUCGAGAUGGUGGUGGUAAUCGAAGCACACGCCCAGACAAUUGUACAGUUGUUGUAAAAAAUCUACCUUGGAAAGUUACCUGGCAAGAUUUGAAAGAAAAAUUCAGAUCUGUUGCUGAUGUGAAAUUUGCUGAAAUCAAGAUGGAGAAUGGAAAGUCACAAGGCUGGGGGCUUGUCAGAUUCGGUUCUGCUGAUGAUGCACAGAAUGCUAUCUCUAUGAUGAACAGGACAAGGAUUGAUGGCAGAGAGGUUGAUGUCAAACUGUACCGUUAAAAUAAUAACGGUACGAGGAUAUUAACAUUUUUAUAUGGAACUAUCAUUUGGACCAAUUGUUUUCAUUCGUUGUCGAGCCCUAUCUUGGAAAAUAGUGGUCAUGUAUUGUUGGCCCUUUAGUUGACUUGUAAAGUUGAUUAAUGACAUUGUGGAUCUUUACACAUUUAUAUGUAUUGAUAGAAUUUGUAUUUUUAGCUAUGAGUGGUUGUCGAAGAGGGCAACCAUGGUUGUUGAAACAUUUUUAAUUUCAUUGUCAUAAUUUUGUGCAAUUGUGCCAUUGUUAAUGGAAUCAAUUCAUAUGUAUGUAAUCAUGUUGUUUUGGUGUCCACCAUGCUGAAGAAUAAAAUUCAUUUCUUA